UCUUCCAUANCGUGCGCCGGGUGUGCUUGUCAGACACUGCUUUUCAGCACCAGCAGUACUCGACGCUCAGGUGGAGGACGGAAGUGAAACUCGGCAACAGGUUCAGGAACGUCACAUAGUACAUGCGUUGUAUUCCUAUGUCGGCAACUGGGACCCGGUGUACCGCAUGCCUCAGUGGAGGAGAAGAACCUGCCUUCCGACACAUGCGGGCAAGGACCAGCAGCCAAGUCCGGGAUUUCGUAGACGAGGUCGGCAUCGCAAACCAGUUUACGGCCUUGAACGAGGGGAACUUAGGCGUGAUCACCCUCGUACUGUGCAGACGACCUGCUUGCUUGCUGCAGCUGUACAAAAAGCACGAGCAAAGGGCUAGCAAGGACCGGAGUAAAGACCGGCGAGCGCGCAAGGCAGCUCGGACGCCUCGCCAUGCCAAGGGUUGGGUUGGUGCUCCUGAACCUCAAACGCACCUGAAGCGUCGGUGGCUUGAUAGGUACUGCACUUCGCCUGAGGCGGUGGAUGCUUUGCUGGGUGCUGUGGGUAUCACGGGAUGCGUUUUGGACAUGUGCGGUGGGCCCACGGACGCCGUCGCGACCCGUCUUCGAUCCACGUGCGAAGUUCUCACCAACGACGCGUCCAGCGGAUACCAACCUUGACGCAAGCUUGGAGUCCUUCCCGGAAGACUUUCUCGCAGCUAACUCCGGGAAAAGGCCUGAGUGGGUGGUGACUAGCCCUCCAUACAACAAUGCUCUGACUUUUGUCAAGGCCGCCAUGCCGUUGGCGACGAAAGGGGUGGCGUUCAAAAUGCCACUUUCUUUUCUGGAACCUUGCGCCGACCGGGGCGGUUGGCUGAAAACGAACCCCCCGUCUGUUUGUGUGUUUCUGCGCAGAGCGAAAUACACGCGUGCGAACAAUGCGAAGAUGGGCGAAUUCUGGGGUGUGUGGUAUACUCAGGAAAUGAACUGCGGCAACGGGACGAGGCUUGUUUUCUGUCCUGAAUAGCACGGCUGCAGUUUCGACCCACGCAUUGUCUGUAAUUGUGACGUGCGAAAUAGUUUAGUUGGGUUUGGACAUGUGUACAAGGCGUGACGUGUCUAAGACAUCUAUUUCGGGGAUGGGGGAUAGUCGGAGAUUGACGUGAGUCACCCCCGAUCGAUUUUUUUUUUUUUUCGGGGCGUGCUGUAGGCAUACUUCCAAGCAUACGUAUGGGUGUGGCAGUAUCGCGUGCACGACAUGAGUUCUGGUGUCAAGGAUUUGUUUUUUCUGCACUAAAGCGCUUUUUUUUUUGUUUUGCGUGUGUUGCUGUAGUCGCAACAUGAAACAGGAUGACUCGUACGCGCGUGCGUUNGGAGGCCACUGCCAGCACGUUGGUCACCAUUCAUGCAAGCUCCCACAAUAUGUUUUGCUCACCUGCACACGAACAAAAAACCGAUGUCUCAAAUGGACAUUUCAUUAGUCCCAGCACCCACAAGAUCCAACGGUUGUCCUACAUGAUGCCGCCACGCGUUUUCAGCUAUCUGCUCGUACUCACGAACGUCAUCCUCCUGGAAACAACCUAAAACCAAGCCGCCACUAACACCCGACUCGGCGUUAUUGUUCGAGACUUCAAACAUACCCGGCAACUGUUCCUCGUCGCUGUCGCUGUCACUGUCACUAUCUUCGCCCAUGUCUACAAGUCCUCCUUCAGCUGAACGAUCUUCCUGCAUCUCACUUUCUUCCGUCUCUUCCU